AUGUUCUCGACUACUCUUGAACACAACGAGAUAGCUUAUGGCCAAAACAUUCGAGGGUUCGAUGCAUUUGUUCCAGAUGCCUUUGGCUCGAAUCCAGCACAAAUGGAACGGUUUUACAAUGAGAUAUAUGUACAUCCGCCGAAUCCAAGAAUUCCUGUCUCACCGGCUACACUUGCAGGCGCCGCUGCCUAUAAGGCUGUAAGAUUACAUGAUUCGCAUCCAAAUUUUCCUCAGAAGAGUCAUACAUAUGAAAUUAGCAAAAUACGUGAAAUCGCAGCAUACGAAGCUUUACAUUUACUUCAAAUGUUUCCUCUUCCAAAUGUCGAUCCACAAAUUGUGGUGGUGUCGGCUGAAGCAGCUGCUCACAGAUUAUAUGACCACGAGCAUUUCUAA